AUUGUUUGAUUGAAAUCUCAGGAAUUCUUUACAGACUUCUGGGGGCAUGUGUUAGGUAACGAUAGUCUUCAGUGUGUAUAGGGAUUGGACGUGGGGGGGGACCCAUCGGCCCCAUAUCGUGCACGGUAUCACAGAGGGCGCUCUACGUCUUGUGACCUAUGUAUUUCCCACAGAGCUGUACAUAUACAGCUUCUAAACGGUUCCGACAUCGCCUGCGUCCUCAACAUCCCGUAACAACCCAGUCAGUAACAUGAGACGUGUUUUGCCGAACCGAACCGCGCAGGACGGGAAAUCGAUUGGAUUCGACAGGAUACUCGCAGGGCCAAUCACACAGAGUUGCAAUAUCCCGCGUUUGGAGGAUGGAUUGAGCGGGGGGAAAGGGGAUGCGGCGUAAUGAUGCAGACGGCAGCAGAUGCGACCACGUGACCUUUCAGUCGAGCUAAAAAUAGCCAGGUACAAGAGCUCUGGAUAGCUAAUGACAUGAAGAGAUGGAGGGGGGUUGUUAUCGACAGCGCUGAUGCAGAGCGUGGCUGGGCCAGGAAUGCAGCUCAGCAUACGCCGUAGAUGGAGAGAUGCAACUACGGCCGAGCACUGAGUGAUGCGGGUUGAGCACACACACAGCACGACUUAUAGAUCAUCACUUGGCUAUUCCAGCCAUCAUCAUUGUCGGUAGACGGCUGUGUUGGGAACCAUUAACUAGACGGGAAUCCUCUCCACAUCCACGCUGGAUUUUGACAGGUCGAAAGAGGCAGAGGGAAAUACGAGCUGAAGCCAUCGCCAUGUGGAUGCUACUGUUGGUGACUUCCCUGCCAUUGGCCGAUUGUGGUCAUUUCAGUGGGCAGUGUAAUCCGAAUUUCUACAAGACGCCAAAAUGUUUGAACACCCCAGGUGCUUACUACUGCGAGUGUGGUGCUGGGUUCGAGUGGAACAGCAAGCAGUGUAUCUCGCGUUCUGUGGACUCUCGUCUCGAGUACAGCGACAGCGAGGCCGACAGUUACGCCGUCCUGCUGGGCAAGAACUUUCCCGCCCUCCAGGCCUUCACAGUGGGCCUAUGGCUGCGGCUCAACUCGGCCGACUACGACGGGAGGAAUGGCACCAUCCUGGCCUACGGCUUCCCCAGCAAGAAGACCGAGGAGCUGUGGCUGAGCAUCGGGGCGGGCUUCUUCACCGUACGGAUUCGGGGGCAGGAGUCGAGCGUGCGGCUGAGGCGAGGCCUGCCCCAUGACAAAUGGCUGCACGUUGCCUGCACGUGGACAUCAGCGGGUGGUGUGUGGGCAUUGUUUGUGGACGGACGCCUUGCGGCCACAGCAGGUGGCCUGGCCCCGGGGGAGACAAUCCGAGCCGGCGGCCGACUAGAGAUCGGUGUCCGUCGCAGCCACAACCUCGAAUCUGCGGGCCGUCCUGAUGCUGGCGCCGACUUCGGCGACACAGCCGCCAACGCCACCUUUGACCACAGCGUGUCGUUCAAGGGGGACGUCAGCUACUUCAACAUGUGGAGCAGUGCGCUGGCGGACGACCACAUUGCGGACAUGCACCAAGACUGCACCUUCACCUACUGUGGCGACGUGACGGAAUGGGUGGACUUCCGGACGGGCACCCGGGGGGAGCUGAAGCUGCGUUGGCCCUCGGGAGUCUUCGAAUCGUGCAUUCGAGACAAAGCAGAAGGCUGCGACACUUACUGCACUGAAACUAUUGGUCCGCAGUGCCAGCAAGAGUUUGCAGAGAACAUUGAGUGGCCCCGUACCCCAGUGGGUGAAACAUCCUACAUGCCCUGUCCGGGGGAUUCCAGUACGCCUCCGGUUGACAACGACGGCACAAGCCAAGACACUGACGUGUCGCAAGGCAGUCGCCCUUGUCUCGGGGACGGCAUCACAUGGGAGGAGGCAGACAGGGCCGAGUGGGGAGAGGCAGAUGUCACAGAGUGUCUGUCUGAAGACGUCCGUCUCUUACAGGAUAAGAUCGGAAGCCUGUACAGCAACAUCUCCCAGGGCCUCGCGUACAACCGGUCCAAGAUCCUGACCCUGCUGGAGGAGCUGCACCGCAACGCCAUCCCUUACCGGUCCAAUCCGGCCGACAUCACAGCCGACGUCUACGGGGUCCGUAUGCUGGUGGCGAUGCAGAACGCCACCUUGGGUCUGGAGGGAGAAGGGCAGUGGGCUGGCCUGACGGACGCGCAGGGCCGCCCUACCACGGAAGACAUCUUUCACUUUGCUACGGUUGCUUGCAACAUUUUUGACAUUAUUCUGGACGAGAGGAACCACCCAGCGUGGCGUGGAACCGCCCCACGAGGGGCGGGGGCCGUUAGGGUCCUCCAGGCCAUCCAGGAUUUUGCCGACCUGAUGGCCAACGGCCUCCUCCUGCAUGCCAAGCCUGGCGGGUCCGAGAUUGGCAACAAUGCCAUGUGGACUCACACUGGUGCCAAUUUCGCAUUUCACGUACGAGUUGUACAGCCUGAGAACUUUGAGGGCCUGGUGUUACCAGACAGCACCCCAGGAAUGGCCUCAUUGAAUGACGAGAAUGGCUAUGUGGAUAUUCCUGAGACACUCUUCGAAGAAAUGCCGGAAAACGGCUGGCCAGAGAAUGUGGUCAUUUCCUAUACCAGAUACAACAGCACUUUGCCAGAGUACCUGCCCAAUCACCCAGAGCCAAUUGUAGUCAAGUUCUACCGCGACAAAGCCAAGGAACAUUUGCACAAGGAGGAUAACGUGAACAGCGUCAUCAUAACAACCAGGGUACAUCUCAAGGAUGACAGCAUCGUCUUCACGAACACGUCUGACCCAAUCAGCUAUGUCAUGAAAUAUAAAACGACGAUGAAUAUUUCCAACCCAGAGUGUGUGACGCUAGCGACGAAUCCCACUCCCAAUGACUGGGAAUGGAUGGGGAUGGGCUGUGAGGUGACAGAGAGCGACGGUGAGCAUGCCCAGUGCAGCUGCAGCCAUCUUGGCACCUUUGCAAUAACCACGGACAUGUACGAUGUCAACUGGGACCCAGGGGAGCCCCCUCACUUCUACCUGACGGUUGCGUCUUACAUCGGUAUCCUUGUCUCCCUAAGUCUCUUCACAACCUCCAUGGCUGUCUUCAUUUACCUCAGGUGUGAAACGGAUACCGUGGCUGUGCAUCGUAACCUGGGCCUAUCCAUGAUUUGUCUUCAGCUAUGCUAUUUUAUUGGAAUCACCCGUGAUGAAAACGAGACCGUCUGCAAAGUGUUUGCCAUCGCCAUUCACUUCUUCUUCCUCUCCACCUUUGCGUGGAUCUGCAACGAGGCAUUCAACCUGUACAUGGAGGUGGUCAACACCAUCCAUGCCGACACCCAGCAACAGCGCAACAUGCUGAGAUACUACAUCAUAGGAUAUGUGUUCCCUGCUGUCCUUGUCGGUGCUGUUGUCAAAAUAAAAUGGGACACUUAUUUUUCGUCUGACGUGUGUCUCCUGGAUACCAACCAUAUAUGGUUCUUGAUUGGCCCAGCUAUUGGACUUUGGGUGGUGACAGUAUUUGUACUUGUCUACACCGGCAAAGCCAUCAUGGAGAGCUCCUAUUCCAAAGACAGGGAGGCCAAUAAGGUUGUCGGGAACCACUGCAAAGGCUGUUGGAUUCAGAGUGUGUUAAUGUUGGUCACCUGGGCCUUUGCCAUCACGUCCAUCCUGAUGUUCAGCGUCAUCCCCCAGAUUCUCUUUGCCAUGUUCAACAUUUUCCAGGGCGCAUUCUUCUUUGUCUUCUUCUGCGUGCUGAACAGUGAGGUAGUUGAGAUCUUGGCUGAACGUCGUGCCACGCUUGGCUUAACCGUGUCACCCAGCAUUCCCCGUUCCACCAAGUACAGCGUGUACAGACGCUACGUACCUAUCAAGGCACUGGCCGGCAGCGGGAGGCGGAGGACACAGCACCCCAUCCAACCCCCCACAGCCAAUGCCCCGGCCAGCCCCAAGGAAGCCCGGCACCACUUGCCCUCCAGCGCCGGCGAGGCCUCCCCGGACCUGCACAAUGAGGAGAUGAUGGGGGUCAAGGGUCACCGCUUCCUGGCUGGAGCCAGCUCGGGGCCGGACUCACCCCUGAUUGGCGUGGGCAGCAGCCAGCUGCAGAGGAAGUUUAAGGGGAAGAAGGGUAGAGCCGAGGAGACGAGCAUGGAUGUGAUUGCCAUCCGUCCACCCAGCGAUUCCUCUGCUGAGGUUGACACUGGAGAUAUUGUCACCACAGUUUAACAGUAACAGCUUUCUGGAUUCCUAGUCCUUGUUUUUUGCUUUUAUUUUAGACAGCAAAGAGUUGUUUUGUCUUCAAAAUUGGCUCAGCGGCUUAGCUUGGUGCAGCGUAGAUGAAGCGAUCCGUUAGCACACAAUGACUGCCGAUAAUCUCCAAGAAGCAAUUCCUAAAGAGACUUUCCUCUGUUUAGUCGGAAGAUGUGGAGGAAGGAAACUACCAGUGUGAAAAAUUUGAAGUCGUCAAAGUGUCUGUUUCAAAAAUCUACAGAUUCAUGCAUCUAAACAUGGCAGCAGGCAUGUCUCAGUUGCCUGUAGCAUCUUUUGAACUGCACCGUACAGAAGAGACAGACCAGACGAAAGUUCACAAGUCACAAGCUAUUCAAAUCAACUGCCUCAAAAAGCCUGUCUUUUACAUUCCGGGCUGGGUUUUUUUUUUUAAUCAGUCUCGUGACUGGUCUUGUGGUGGUAAUCUCUUACUCAAAGUACAGGUAUAGGUCAGUUGAGCCACAUAGAUCCCAGGUGCGUUGUUUAUGCAAUCACACCCACCGGGCCUGGAAACUAUAUUAACUUCUUGAUGCCCCUGUGCUCUAGCAGUGUUCCUGUCACGCAAGUUUCACCUCAAAAAAAGUUCCAUUUUUUUUUUCUAGCUAUGUUUUCUUGAUCAGAAAAACCACAAACUAAACAUACAUUAGAAAGUAAAAGCACAAAUCAUGCAAAAUUAAGGAAAUUGGAAACCAGGAGAUGAUUGGAGAGUAUCAUAGACGAGGGGGACGUGAAGACACAUAUGCAGGAAGGUAUGAGACGAAGAGAACCCCCCCUGCUUUGUGUUGGUCAUUGUCUCGCAGGGAUCUGGGGAAUUCCUUUCAGACAUCU